UCUUGCCUCGUACUUUCUCAUCUUUCGUGAAAACCCACGUUUUUGUUUUCUGUGUGUAUUUUUUUUAUAUACAAUUUCUGUAUUAAUUCAAAGUUAAUGUUUUUCUGAGCAUGGGACUUUUUAUGGGGGAUCAAGGCAAAGAAAAGUUGAGAAUUCUAAGGAACUGUUAAUUCUUCUAGUAUGUUGUGAUUGGAUUAGAUGUGUUAUUCUUGCUGUCUUUGUUUUUUUUUUUUUUUUUUUUGUUUAUGUGGGUAUAUGAUUCUGUGUUAGUUAAUGGUGUUUCUGAAUUUUUGGUUAUUUAGCCAUAACUUUUUGGUCUUUGAAUUUAGGUGUUGUUUUUGUUGAUGUUGGAAAUGCCCAUGUUUGUAGAUUAAAUGAAAUGGUAACUUUGAUAUGUAAAUUUUGAUUUAGUGUAUGUAAUAAAUUUUAAUUUCAAGUCUGAAGUCCCUCUGGUAUUUCUUCUAGUAAUUAUUAUUAGGUGAUGUUGUCUCUACUAUAAUUUUAUUAUUAUUUUGAAAGAAUCACUUGCUAUUGUAUAAUUUCGUUCUGAUGUGGAAAUAUUUUUUCGAGUUUGUUAGCUUUUUUUUUCUUUUUCUCGGUCGAAUUUACUUUCCCCUUCUAUCACUUCAAAUCCUGAAUAUACAUCAGAUAUGGAGGCAUACAUCGAUGCUUUCUUUGCUUUGAACUUUUUCUUAAUUUGUUGGUGUUGACUGCAAGUUUUCAUAAUAUUGGUCCCAUAAUUACUUGCCAUAGUAUCUAUAGUCUAUACCAUUUAUCAGAAUUGGCAGCAGUAUUCUCAUUUUUGUUUGUUUCUUUCCCCUUUUGAUGUCUUUAUAUCACUAUGUAUAUGUUCUCAUUAAAGUGUUUAAUGUUUUGUUUCUUGGUAGCUGCUGAAUUUACAGUAUUAAAAUCCUGCUUUCUUUGUCACAUUGUCUGAUGGCUUCUAUGUUAUAUGACACAGAAUUCGGCUUCUGCAUCUUCAGAUAGGGAGGGGGAACUUCUCUAUUUUUCACGGCAUAUUGUGGUUUGUAAAGACUGUUACUAGGUGGAGAUUCCUUAGUUUACACUAAGGGGCAAGAGAAAAGUGAGUCUAAAGAUGGGCUAUAUAUGUGAUUUCUGUGGAGACCAGAGAUCCAUGGUGUACUGCCGCUCUGAUGCUGCAUGCUUAUGUUUGUCUUGUGAUCGGAAUGUUCAUUCUGCUAAUGCCCUUUCUAAGCGUCAUUCACGCACCCUUUUAUGUGAGAGAUGCAAUUCACAACCUGCCUUUGUAAGGUGUGUUGAAGAGAAAAUUUCACUUUGUCAGAAUUGUGAUUGGUUGGGUCAUGGCACCUCUACAUCUUCUUCAACACACAAGAGACAGGCAAUCAAUUGCUACUCUGGCUGCCCUUCAGCGGCUGAACUGUCUUCAAUAUGGUCAUUUGUGUUAGAUAUCGCUGCCAUAAGUGAAUCUACAUGUGAGCAAGAACUAGGCUUAAUGAGUAUUAAUGAGAACAAGAGUGUUGGGGUUCCUCCAGAGGGCCAGAAUGUGUCUGGUUCAGAUGAAGUUACUGAUCAACCUGCUUUGGACAAGUCUUUGGUUGGUACAUCUUCAAUGCCUGAAUCAAGCUCCAAACCUCGUAUUCUGGACCAGCCAGCUAGACCUGCCAAUGAAUGUCUUUCAAAGUUAUACUGUCCUGCUACAAAAUUCCCCGCAUUAUGUGAAAAUGAUAAUCUGUAUGAUGAUUUCAACAUGGAUGAAGUGGAUCUAAAUCUUGAGAACUAUGAAGAACUUUUUGGUAUGGCCCUCAGUCAUUCUGAAGAGCUAUUUGAAAAUGGUGGAAUUGAUAGCUUGUUUGGGACAAAAGACAUGUCUGCUGGAGAUUUCAGUUGUGAGGAUGCUAUUGCUGCUGAGGGGUCGUCGGUUGGACAGGUCAAUGUAAUGCAACCAGCUUGCAGCAAUGCAGCAUCUGCAGAUUCCAUUUUGAGUACUAAAACCGAACCAAUUCUUUGUUUUACGGGAAGGCAAGCUCAAUCAAACCUUUCUUUUUCUGGCGUUACCGGAGACAGUAGUGCUGGAGACUAUCAAGACUGUGGGGCUUCUUCAAUGCUUCUCAUGGGAGAACCUCCUUGGUUUGCUCCUUGUCCUGAGAAUUCCCUACAAUCAGCCAACCGUAGUAAUGCUGUCAUGCGGUACAAGGAAAAGAAGAAGACACGGAUGUUUGACAAAAAAGUGAGGUAUGCCUCUCGCAAGGCAAGGGCUGAUGUCAGAAGGCGCGUGAAAGGCCGGUUUGUCAAAGCUGGUGACGUCUACGAUUAUGAUCCUUUGAGCACAACCAGAAGCUUCUGAAUGAGGGGCCUUGAUUGAUGUUCUUCGAGGAGGAAAAGGGCUGUGUUUAACAGUGUAAGCUCGGGAUCCGGAGCCGACUCUUUGUCCUUCACUGUGAAGGAUGUCCAACUUGUGAUGAUGAUUUUAUCACAAAGUGCCCCCUUCAGGAAAAUGGUGUUUGGAUUGCCUUUCUGUUAAAGCUUGGCAAUUUCUGCUGCAUAAUUCUUUUCCAAGAAUUUAAAAAGCCUUCUAAGUUCUUUGACCUUAACCAUACUUCCAUGUCUGUGAUGUGGUCAUGUAAACUCCCCCUCUGCUAUAUAGUCACAUGUACAAAUGCCUGAGAUGGCAUGAUAAGUGGCUUACUUUUAACAGUUCCAGAUAAACUACAAAGGUUGUAAAUUGUAAUAUUUGGCUUUGACAUGUAUAGCACACAGUCUACAUAUAUAAUUUUACCCAACUCUUUUAUGUAAUCAGACAAAAAUUGUAAAUUCAAUCUCUCAUGUAUAGAAUAGGAUACUAUGCAUGUUGAUGGUAGUCUAUAUAUAUAUUGGACAUGGACCGAUACAAGUUUUGUCUGUGACUUGGUAUUUUAUUUGGGUGCAUUGAUGCACUUAGAUUA